AAAAUAUUCAUUGCGUGACAGUAAUAUGGUAGCCUCCAUUUGCCACGUUGGGAAAUAGUCAGUUUGAUAACAGUUUUGAGAUUAGACAGCGUCAAAGAGUGUGUUUCAGUUUUGACAAGCAGUCAUGUCAACCAAAACACCUGCAGAAUCUGUCAGUGAAUUAGGUGCAGAAGUCAAUAAAGGAGCCAUUCGUCAGAUUGUUUGGGACUACAUAGAGAAGAAUGAUCUUGUGGAGUUUCCAAGACCAUGCUAUCGUAGAAUCCCAAAUGUCAAGGGAGCAGCAACUGCAGCAGAGAAGAUGAUUUCUUUGGAUGAGUUUAAGAAGGCACAGACUGUGAAAAUAAACCCAGAUAAACCACAGGAAAAUGCUAGGUUUCUAACACUUGAAGCUGAUAAGACAUUGUUAGUGCCUACACCAAGAUUGAGGACUGGAUUGUUCAACAAAAUAGUACCACCAGAGGGUUGUAAUAAGGAUAUUCUGAGGAUAUGUGCAACAACACAGGGUGUAAGAGAACACAGUGAACCUAUUGGACUGGAUACAAAGAUCAAAGUAGAUUUGGUUGUAAUUGGAUCAGUAGCAGUCACAAAAACAGGUUUGAGAAUAGGGAAAGGAGAAGGAUACGCUGACAUGGAGUAUGCUAUGAUGAGAAGCAUGGAAGCUGUGGAUGAGAACACAGUCAUCAUAACCACAGUCCACGACUGUCAGGUAGUCGAUUUCCCUGAGAGUCUGAUUGAAGAUCAUGAUGUAGUAGUUGAUUACAUCAUAACACCAACAGAAAUAAUUAAAUGUAAUAGGACGAGAAAGAACCCUGCUGGUAUUAUCUGGUCUAAAAUUACACCUGAGAAACUCCGUCGUGUUCCAAUUCUAAGGAAGUUACUUAAGUGUGAAGAAGCAGAAGGGAAAGAUGUUACCCUGAAAGAAGGUGCUUCACCUCCUGAAAUAAAAACUGAAGAUGAAGGAGAAGAAUCUGACAGGCAAUAUCAAAGACGUCCAUUCUAUCGUAGGUUUAGGGGUGGUCCAAGGCGUCCAUACAACAGACGCCCUAGAAGAGAUCGAAAUAGUGAAAAUGAUACAGAUGGGAAAGGUGACAUAAGAGAUGAGAGUGAAAGGGAGGCUAAGAGUGGCGAUGAGGAAAAUCAGCGCCCAAGGCGUCAACAACAGCCAAGAAGACGUAGAUUUAGGAGGAGGAGGAGAAAUACAAGUGAAAAUAAGGAAAACGAAGAACCUAGAAGUGGUGAUGAAGGAAGAAAUCGUAGGAGUGUUGGUGAGUCAGAUGGGGCUGAUAAUGAUGAGGGCAAAAGUGGUGACGAGGGGAAACCUAGGCAGAGACGUAGACCACCCCCACAAAGAAGGAGAUUCAGACCUAACAACAGACGCAGUGAGGGAGAUGAGAAUGAGGACCAACAAGGUCAAAGUUAUUCUCCAAGACGUAGACGUGGACCCCCAAGAACACCAAUACCUACUAUCUUUGUUGGUAGUGUUCAAAGGUCUGUCCGUGUAAGUGAACUGAAAUCCAAAAUCCGUGAGAAAAAUGUGAAUCCAUUAAGAGUUAUUUGGAAUGGGGCAAAAUGCUAUGCUCUACUGCAGUUUCCAAAGAUGAAUGAAAUGGAGGCUGCUUUUGACACACUACAUGACUUUGAAAUGAACGGCAAGAAACUGAAAAUUGAGAUCUCAAAUCGGGUCAAACAAUACAUUGACGAGCAAGACAAAGGAGAUGGCCAAGCCCAAGUUGCCUGUGAAGAUCAGCCAGAAAACUAGGCAAGCAUUACCCCCUAGGAAUAAAGACAGAUGUCUUGAGAAGAUAACUGUCAAGAAGCAAAUUAUUUGUCAUGUUUUGUGUGAAUGAAGUAUUUGGCAUUGUUUCAAACCACAUAUCUGGCUAUAUAAAGGGUUGUAGCAUAUCAGAUUGAACUUUGAACUUUUGUUUGGUAUGGGUAGAAAACACAGGAUUUGUGUACUGUUUAAGAACUGAUGUUAAAGUUUAAUUAAAUUUGUUCAUUGAUAUAUUUGAAAUAUUGAAUUUUAUUCUUUUACAAUAUUGAUUAUUGUUGAAUUGUAAAAAGUUCUUAUGAAUACUAUAUUAUCUCCCUUGUCAGUUCAAAGGGAGAUAGCUCUGUUACAUUUAAAAUAAUGAAUUUACAUAUUUAUUUUCAUACAUAUCAUUUAGAUUUAAAAAGGACAGAAUGGAUUUAGUAUCAAUUUGAUUUAAAUACUACUCCUGCCCACUUACAAAUAUUUGAUUUUAAUUUCAGUUACCCAUUAGUUAGAUAUAUAUAAUGAAGCUAAUCACAAAAUGACAAAUAUUUAAAUAGCAAUUCUUAACUUUAUGUUUAAAGUGUUUUUUUCAUUAUGUUGCCAGACUGAAAUUAAGCAGAGCAUAUGCUAAAAUAUUGACUUAAAAGUCUUAAUUUUAUUCAAUAUUAUACCCAAGUCUUGUUUCCGUAAAGCAUAAUUUGUUAAUAGCUUGUAUUAUUUAAGAAAUAAUUGUUCAUUGCCAAAGUUUUUGUUCAUUUCUGUAACAUCUGCACACUGCCUGUAGAAUUGUUCACCCAUUUUGAAUAUGGUGAAGGUUUGUCCAGUUUUCCAUCAAUGUGUUUUUUGUUUCUAAUUUGUGUGCAAUUUCUGGCAUGAUAUGAAUUAAAAACAAAAAGGAAUUGUCUUUUUUUUAAGUUACUAUUAAAUUGCAACUAUAAAACGAAAGAAUAUAUUGUUAUUUAUCAAUCAAAGAAUUUGUGUGUUUAAAUUCUGCUUUCAACAAUUUAUUAUAUUAAUUUUGAAAUGAAUUUAGAAAUCAAAGAUUAUUUGAAUAAAUUUUUUAUUUGAACUGAUUUAUAAUUGAAAAUUGAUAUUACUGGUAUUAAAAAUACCUGCCAAAGCAGUAUUGUUAAAAUGGAGUAAUUUUUCUUCUUCGAUUUGUUUUCCUCUAUACUAUUGUUUUAUUUUACGUAAAGUAUGUCCUUUGUAUAUUUUCUGUUCUGUUGUAAGGAAUUUGUAUAUGUCUCACCUUGAUUUUGUAUGUAAAUUUCAUUUCAUUGCUUAGAUUCAUAAUUUCAUGAAUUUUAAAACUACCAUUUCAUCAAAUUUGGUUCAUCAAAUCAAACUUCAUAAAAUGUGUGCCGAAGCAAAUUCUUCUAUCAUUUGUUCAAUAUGGAUGAGAAUAUCUUGUUAUUUUAGUUAAAAUUUGGUUAAGGCAGUCAGCCAUUGUAAUUUUUCAAAUUUUGAAUUAUUUUAAUAGUUAUUUACUUUUGGAUAUUAUUGGACACUUUAAAUGAUUUUGUUCUUUAAAAAUAACCCCAAUAAAUGAAAGAGAUUAGAGAAAAUAGAUUCUUUUCAGAGGUCAAUUUUUAGUGUUGUCAAUUGUGCUAUAUUUUUAUUUCAGAAAAAAGUCAGAAAUUUAAAAUCAUUGCAAAUUAUUAAUAAUUCAAUCAAUGACCUCUGUUGUAAAAAUCUCUUUAGUUCAGUAUAGAAUAUAGUUAUAGCUGCUUACCAGAUAUGGGCUUUGGGUAUUUAAAGGAUAGGAACACACUUUUGUAAUGUAAAUAGCGACAUACACAAAAAUUGUGAUUUAGGAUGAAGUGCCUUUGAUAUUUAAUAAAGCAAAAAAUUCCAGAAAUCAAUUGAAAAUUAAUGAAUUGUUAAACUUAAAAAAUUUCCAUGGUUACUGGGCAUUUUAUUUUAAAUGAAAAAUACAUUAGAAAUAUUUAAUUUGAGGAAUGAUUGCGUGUAAUAUUGUACAUAGACCACUAUUUUAUGUGUGAUAUUUGUGAAAAUUAAGUAUGAGUGAAAUAAUUAUAGUAUAUUUUUGUAUCACUCAAUGCCAGAGAGGCAAGAUACAUAGGUAAAUUUAUAAACAUUGAUCUGAGCAAAGAUUUGUAUAGUGUUUUUAUGUUUAGUAUUUUUGAGAUUGACAUUCAAGUUAAUUACACUUCACCUCAGGAGGAUUUUGUGUUUACAUCCAAUCCACAAUGGGCAGCUCACACAUAUCCAAUUGGCCGUUUCAAAAUCUAAUGCAUUCUGGGUAAUGAUUUCAAAAGUAUACACCAAAGUAAUGUUGUGAUUUGUUUUAAAAUGUCCUAGAAGAAAUGGUUCUUCAACCAAUGAUGUGCCUUUUUUUUCAUUUUUGGUUAAGAAUAGGCAAAUUGCCCAUGAUUCUUAUAGAUUCUAAAACAUGGAUUUUAAUGUGAGCGAAAAUGCUUAUUUGCAAAUAUCAAUGGAUUUAAUUUGUUAAAAACGCUUUAGUUUGGUAUGAAGUAGGAUUAACUGUUUCACAGAUUAAGGCUUUGGAUAUUUGGAGGUGGGGGAACAAACUUUUAAUUUCUGCAAAUCUUUUGAUAAAAAAGGUAACAGCUAGCAUAUCCCUUUUUCUCACAGGGUGAUCAAGAAUGACAAGAUUUGUGUACUCCCAUUGUGAAUUGGUGGAAAAAGCACAGUACUUUUGAGCAGUAGUUUAUAUAUGAAAUUAAUUUAAUAUGUUAUAUUGUAUCUACUGAAUUAUGCAGCAAAGUAGUUGAAAAUGAAUGUAGACAUAUUGGUCAGCACAGGGUGAAGAUAUUUUAAUAUAAGAAUAUCUUUGCAACAGAUUUAUGCAAUUUUUUUUAUAACAAAUAUAAAAUAGCUUUAUCUUACAUGUCUUAGAUUCAGGUACUUAAUUUUCAGAAUUUCUCACACAACUUUUCAUUUUUGUUUAAUUUACUUUAUAAAACUUUGAUUUCAGUGCCAAAACUACUUUUAAAAGACUAUACCGAGAAAUGUAAACUGUAAUCUGUAAUCUUGAUGUUUGAUAUUUUACGUAAAGACACUUUCGAAAGAAGGUUAAAAAGUUUGAGGAAAGAAAUGAAUAUAGAGAAGUUGUGCAUGAUGGGUGUUCUCUUAGUACCCUUCGUUUGACAGAUUUUUUAAUUCUUGACAACCAGCAGUAUAUCCUCAAUAGAUAUUAUUUAGAUCAGCUGUUAAGUAUAAGAACUUUUGUAGAAGGGAUGUUGCUGUUUUAGAUUCUUAUAGAUUUAACCUUUUCUCUUUUAUGGACUAAAUUUGUCAUCCAAUCUUACUUGUAGAAAUGGGAAUGGACAUACUUAAAUGUUAUUAAUUGAGUUCAAAAUAUUGGAGGCAAUAAUUCAAUUUACUAGGAGUGAAAAAAAAUCUUUUCUAAUUCAGAUUGAAGAAAAAUGCUUCUGUCUUUUCCAAAUACUUUUUUGAGACUGGGGAAUGUGAUAAAAUAUCAAAUAUUUACAUUUCAAAACUUCUUUCUCAAAAAAUCUUAUGACUAAAAUUGAUAGUAAGUCAUGACAAUUCAAGAUACUGAAAAUCAAUUUUAGUUGUAAGAUCUUUUGUGAAACACAGGCUAGAAGAUGAAUCAAAGAAAUUUUUGAAGGAUGUAUAUAUGGCCCCUAUUUUCUUAAAGUGGUUGUUUUCUGGUGGUUUUACUGUCCAAUAGUUUGUUAAAUCUUAUUAUCCUUUUUAAUGCAUUACUUAAAUAGAUGAAAUAAAUAACAAAUUUCUUAAAUGUUUAAUGCAGACAAAAAUCAAAUUUUUAUAUUCAAGUUCCGAAAAGAUUAAUAAUAAAUGCAAAUUUUUCAUUAUGUCAAGAUUAUUUUCAUCUUAUAAAUUCAUAUCAUUAUUAUAUUGAUUAGAUAUGGGACUUAAUAGCCUCUGAUAUUAUUGUUAUCUAUACAUUAUACCAAUUCAGUUAUUCAUGGUUUAGAAAUACUGUGAAAAAUUCCAUCAUUGUUUGAAUUUGUUUCGUCAUUAAAAUUGUCAGUUUCAGGCUAUCAGCUUUAUAUAAAAGGAGAUCAUAUGUUUCUUAUAAAAAAGUGAGAUUAAGUCAGGAUAAAUUUAAUUCAGAGAGAAAAAAGAAAUUGCAUUUUUAAAGAUCAGAGUUUUAGAUAUGAAAUAAUUAUUAAAUUUGGUGUUCCAUUUUACGAUGAAAAUAACUGACAGUUUUAUGAUAAUUUGAAUCAACAUGUGGUGAACUUUUUUGCAAUAUCAAAUGAACUGUGUGUAAAUUCAUAAUUUAUUUAUUACCCAAUACUACAGCUGCAUUUAUUGCUUAUAAUUUGAACCGUUGGUGUUAUGGUUGAUAGUCUUUGCUCAGAAUUGUAUUACUUAAGAUAGUCAUACAUUGGGAGACUUGCUCUUGUUAUAAUUCUAUUUAAUUAAAACAGUUGUGAUGUUGAAA